AUGACUCAAAGUCUUCAGGAUAAAUCCAUGCCACUGGGCUAUCAACGCAGCCGGAGCCGACUCGGAGAGCUUCUGGUGGCCGACUCGCUUGUUGCUGCAGGUUCAGCCGCCCUUAUAACGCCCGCUGUCAUGAUCUUCGACAGACUUGUUGUUGAGAAAUCAUUUUACAAUCAACCUCUUCUCCCCGCAUUUCGCAAGCAUCUAUGGUUCUCCCUUACACAGCCCGCCACCUUCUUAACAUCACGGCCCAGCCUGCUGGUCUGGUCCCUCUAUACGGCUACAUUCGCAACUGCCAACAUGUCAGAAACUUUGUUGAACAAAGUCUACCCCAAGAUCGACCACGCAAUUGCGGGCAUGACCACAUUCGCAUCGACCUUCUUCGUCAACUCCUCCGUGGGAAUCUGGAAGGAUGUCAAAUUCGCCCAGCUUUUUGGCCACAAUAAUAUUAAAAACACCCCGAGUCCAUCGACUGCAGCCAACCCCACGGCUCCCAAAAUCGCUCGCUCCAUCGGCCGCACCAGAAUUCCACUGGCCACAUACUCUGCCUUCCUUCUUCGAGAUGGCCUUACCAUCUUCGGAUCAUUCAGUCUCCCCGCCAUGGUCUCAUCAAAUAUCCCGGACUCAAUUGCAUCUCAGGAGUACCUGAAGAUCUUGAUUGCACAACUUGCCAUCCCCGCAUCCAUCCAACUCAUCAGCACCCCCAUUCAUCUGUUCGGGUUGGAUCUUUAUAAUAGACCCCAAGUUUUACCGACCAAAGACCGAAUGUCACGUAUCAGUCGCGAUUGGAUUAGCGCGUCACUCCUUCGCAUGUGUCGAAUUAUUCCCGCCUUUGGAAUUGGCGGGUUCCUCAAUACGGAAGGCCGUUUGUAUCUACACGACCAGCUGGAUGAACGACGAAAGCCUUCCUGA